ACCAGUAUGGAGCACCCCUCGGCCGACAGCGACCCGCUGGUGGUCCCUGGAGCCACUCUGCGCCGUCUGAUGGGUCUGUGGCAGCCACAAGGCCGGGUAGCACGCCGCCUCAACGGACUGCUCGCCGGCUUCAUUAUUGCCACCCUCGCGUUUCUGCCCGCCUGUGUGGCUCUCAAGCUGUACGUGGACCCUCCGGAAGAGCUUGAGCGGAUCACGCUCUGCAGCCUCGCCACUUCUAUCUGCAUCGGAUUUCUCUUCAAGGCGGCGCUGUUCGUGGCCCAGGGAGCAACGCUGCGGCAGACGGUGCGACAGAUGGAGGACAUCAGGAGGCGGUUCGGCAGUGGAGAGGAGAAUCAGCGGACGCGGCGCCGGUACCAGAGGCUGUCAAACAGCGUCUACCUGCACUACCAGAUGGUGGCGGUGCCGGCGGUGAUCGGCUGGGUCCUCUGCCCGCUGCUGUCCCGCAGCGUAAUGAGGGCCGACCAGGACCACCAGGAGGUUCCUCGGCAGCUCCCGGUUCCCGUAUGGCUCCCAGUCGACGCCUAUGCGUCGCCAACGUACGAGCUCCUGUAUGUUACCCAUUCCUUCUGUGCUCUGGUCGCAGCCGAGUCCAGCGUCUGCACGGACAUCUUCUUCAUUCAUAUGAUGCUAAUGGUUGCAGCCGAGUUGGAGGUUCUGAACGAUAACAUUUCUGCCAUGCGACACUUUAAUAUGCGUUUAACGAGCACCAGGAGACAGGAAUAUGUUUCUAGAAAUCAAAGUGAUGGCGGACGAUCGGCGAUAUGUAACAUUGACCAGCCCCUUGGUCAGCAGACAAUGACAGAGAAUGUUGAACACGAGUGGAUUCAUCAACAACUAGUGAAGAACGUGCUUCACCACCAGGCCAUUUUAAGAUCUGUCUCACUCUUGCAGUCAGGAAUGAAUGUGUCAAUCUUCAGUCUUUUAUUCUUCAACAUGGCAAAUCUAUGUUCCAGCUUAUUUGUCGCCGCUGUGCUGGUGCAGAGAGAUGGAAAUAUAGGAAAGGCGCUGAAUGCACUUUUCUCGAUACCUGCUCUCCUGUAUGAAACUAGGAUGUAUUGCAUUUAUGGGCACAUCAUGACCGACCAGAGCGAGAAGCUGACGAACUCUGCCUUCAGCUGCGGCUGGGUCAACACUGACGCUCGUUUCACACGCAGCCUCGUCAUCUUCAUGACGACGUCUGUGCGUCCGAUCGUGAUCACGGUGGGCAAGACGUGCAAGCUGUCGAAACAGAUGUUGCUCCAGGUUUUAAAUGGAGCGUACGGCUUACUGAAUAUGCUCUACUAUCUACAAAGAAGCAAAUGAAACAGCAUCUAA